GAAAAGGCAGCUCACCUUCAAUCACUUCUAAGAAAAAGAGCUAGAUUUGCUUGGACUGACGUGCAGGCCAAGGCAUUUCAAGAGCUCAAGGAUGCGCUAGUCUCAGCGGCAGUAUUAGCAUACCCAAACAAGGAACAACCAUUCAAGUUGAUGACUGAUGCUUCAGAUAUAGCACUCGGAGCGGUAUUGAUGCAAUGGAAUCCAGAAGAAAAGAGAGACUACAUUGUUUCCUACGCAUCGAAGGCUUUAAAUCCAGCAGAGAAGAACUACGACACAACAGAUCGAGAAGGGUUAGCAGCAGUUUGGGCGAUCAGAAAAUAUAAAUGA